CAUAAUUAAGAAUCACAUCAUCAUCAUGAUCAUCAUCUCAUGGACACAAAUGAAUUGGAGACUCCACCAAAAAUGAUGAUCAAUUGACUGAAGUAAACAAAUCAAGAGGAAGUGUUAUGGUUUUGAUUGGAGUUGAUUUCUUUUCACAGUUUCAAGGAGAAAGUAAUUUCAUUCACAUUAAUUAACAUCAUUAGUUGAUGAUCUUCAUCAUUUAACUAUAUUAACAUCAACAGAGGAGAAUAAUAAACUUUUAAUAAGAUGAUCAAUUGUCGAGACAAUUAACCAACGUAAUCAAGAAAGUGUGGGUUUCCAUUGAGAAAAAGUUUCUCUUCAAUCUUAUUUUAUUAUUAUUCUACCGCCAACAAUUAAUUUGAUUACUUCUCAUCAUCAUCAUGUUGAUUUAGUUUCUCUUCAUUUUCCUUCAGUAAUUUUCAUUUCAAUCAGAGUAAUAAACAUGAUUACAUUUAAUUUGAUCUUGUUGUUUACCAAAAUAAUCAACAAUCAUUGAUGAUUAUUGACAAAAUUAACUUUCAAUUGUUAAACCAGAUUUUUUCAGGAUUUCAUCUCAAUCAAAGUGAUAAUUAAUUACUCAGCAAUUGUUAACUAUUUUGAAUCAAUUUUGUGUGUUUAAUUGUUAAUCAUCAAUAUGCCAUCAAGUUAUUCAACUUCAUUAGAAACUGAGAUUCCUAAUUUGUUUCCAAUAUUUUUUUCCUCCAAAAAAGUUGCCAAAUUUUGGGCUACAUUGCCAAAGAUGAACUAUAUGAACCCAGGAUCUGGUGGAUCUCAUCCUCAAUCUUAUCAUAUGAUUGAACUAAUUGGUGUUUCUCACACGGGUCCCGUUGUACCGGCCAAUAGGGCGACCUUUUGGUCAAGACUGACCGGUUCACUGACGAAAGGCCUAAUUUUGAAGGAUGUUUCUUUCGAGGUGUAUUCGGGUGAAGUGAUGGCCAUUUUGGGAAGCAAAGGUUCCGGUAAACGUGCAUUGAUUGAUGUUAUCGGUCAUCGUGUUUCUGGUCAAGGAUCGACCAAAGGUCAAAUCUUAUUGAAUGAUGUUCCUCUUACCCUGAGACUGUUCCAGGAACAAUGUGGCUUCGUCUCUAAACGGACACAACUUAUUCCAGGUCUAACGGUUCGUCAAAGUCUCCAAUAUAUGGCCAACAUGACGAUGAAAACAAGUUCCACCAUGAAAAAGACUCGAAUCAAACAAGUGAUUGCUGAUUUAGCUCUAACUGGUUUAGCUAAUCGCAAAGUUGAAACUCUUAAUCCCUCUGAGGCUAAACGAUUGGCGAUUGGUCUUCAAAUUGUUCGUGAUCCAUUGCUACUUGUACUCGAUGAUCCAACUGCCUCACUUGAUCCACUUAAUACUUAUUUCGUCAUCUCCAUAUUAUCAAAUCACGUUAAAAAAUAUGGACGAAUCGUAAUUCUCACUAUGGACAAACCAAGAUCAGAUAUUUUCCCUUUUCUCGAUCGGGUCACUUACCUUUGUUUAGGUGAUAUUGUUUACACGGGUUCGACUCGAAUGAUGAUGGACUAUUUUCGUAGUAUUGGUUUCCCAUGUCCCGAAUUAGAAAAUCCUCUCAUGUAUUACUUAUGUUUAUCAACAGUUGACAGACGAAGUCGUGAUCGAUUCAUCGAGUCUUCAAGCCAAAUCGCUGCUCUUGUUGACAAAUUUAAAGUUGAAGGACACGAAUACCGUAAAUAUAGUGGACCAGUUAAUGGAACAUCGGUAAAUGGAACUGGAAUGGCUCCGUUAGCACCAAGUAUUCCGUUAACCGCUUAUGGACGAGCUUCAACCUGGAAUGUAACCAUGGCUCUAAUGGGUCGACAAUUUUCGUCUCUAUUCACUUGGUCCAAUAUUGGCCGUCGAAUAUUUGUCUUACCUCUUUUCUUCCUCCUAUUGUACAUUUUUCUUCUUCCCAAAUUACCCUCACAACAACAAUCAUUUCAAACUCGAUCAGGUCUUUUUCUUAAUUGUAUAACCGUAAUUAACUUUAUCACUCCAGCUCUAACAGCUUAUUCAUUUGCACCACAUCGAAAUCGUUUCUAUGAAGAAUCAUCUCGACUUUCACUUUACCGUGGUCCGCUUUUCAUACUCACCCAAAUACUGACCAGUAUUCCUUUCAAUAUGAUUACCAUCGGCAUGUGUGGAAGUCUAAUUUACUGGGCAGCCGGACUUCGAUACGAUUCUUAUUAUCUCGAAAGAUGGGGACUAUUUACAGCGAUUCUCUGGGCCGUUCAUACAUUUGCAGAACAACACACUGUGGCUUUUCUUUGCUUCAUCAAAUCACCGUUUACGGCCUCAGUUACAAGUUCAACCUUCUUGAAUUUGUACAUGAUCUUUGGCUGUGCUUUCCUCCGAUCAACUCUAUCCGCUCCCGAGUGGAUGAGUUACCUUGAAUUUGGAAACAUUUACUAUUACGCUUACUGGUCAUUCUCAUUCCUUGAAUUCCAUGAUAACAAUAAUCUAACCCAAGCACCCGCUUUAUCACCAACAACCAAUUUACUUGAAGAAUGUCCAAUGAAUGUUAUCCCUGGUAAAUGUUUAUUCAUCAAUGGAACUCAUUUCCUCUCCCAAAGGUACAAAGAGGGAAUCGAUGCAAGUAAAAAUCUUCUACCCGAAUGGUCACUAACACAUUACAAAAAUUUCGCUCUCAAUUUCGUCUUCAUCCUUUCAUCUUAUGCUCUAAAUACAAUUGUCUACAUAAUUCCAAUCCCUGGUUCGGUUAAAUCAAAAUUCAGAGAUUGAAAAAACAAUUUCACCAAUCAAAUUAAUAACUUUCAUUUUCUAUCCUUCCCAAUUCUGUAAAUCAUAUUUUCAACCCUCUUCACCCCCUAAAAAUCAUUCAAUAUACUUUUCAAACAAUUCACUCAACCCUCGAUCCAACAAAAAUCAAGGCAAAAGCAAUUCUUAAUCACCAAUCCCAUUUAAAUUGUAAAUAACAUCUAAUCAUUAACAACAAACACUUUGUAUAAUUAUCAAUUCCAAUCAAUAUAAAAAAUGCUCCCUAUCCACUUUUCCCAAACAAAAAAAACAACAAACAAUUUCACCUCACACAUAAACACACACACAAAACACAA